AUGUCUUCAUCACCCACCGCAGCAACGGUGCAACAACAGCGCGAAGCUCGCGCAGCGGUGCUCGCAUCGCUCUCCUCAAUCGGAACAUCAAUCGACACAGACCUGCGCACACGCACAGCAGAUCUGCACGCCAACUCCGCCGCCAUUGCAAAGCAGGAGAAAGAGCUUGCCAGGCAGACUGCAGCAUUAAGGAAAGAGAGUGAUAAGUGGCAGAAACUCGGUGACACGAGUACAAAGAAGUUAAACGAGCUUGGUGAUGUGCAGAAUUGGGCAGAGAUGCUAGAGAGGGAUCUGCUAGUGUUGGAGGAGACGGUUAGGCUGGUGGAUGAGGGAAGGUCGGGUAGGGAGACGGGGGAGCAGCGAGGCUAUGGUCAACCUCGAUGA